UCUGGAGAUCCGGGCCUCCAAGGGACAAAACCGUCUUCGUUCAUUAGUAAUAUCGACAAACUUCAUGGAGCGCUUGAUUGGUACUCAAUACAUUCCAGGGAAUGUCGAUCAUCCUUCUGCUAUGCGCCACUGUUACUGUCCACUGUCACAUCAUCGUAGCGUUCAAACUUCAGAAUAAGCAGUGGUUCGGGAAUACCGCAAGGCCUUCGAAUAGAAUGGUCCAGAAAGCGACCAGAAGCUGUUCUAGCGCUGCCAUGGAUCUAUGUGCCUGGCUUGGGAAUUGUCUACCAAUCCAGACCGCGCUAGAUCAUGCACCGGUUGGCAUGUUGCUUGUUGAGGGCUUCUGCCUUUACCUUCAUAGCCAACUUUGGAGUUCAGCUGAAGAACUUGGGCUCGUUGGUCAAGACUCUUGCUAUUGUUGCCAGCAAAUCACUUGCUCUAUGGCACGCGAGAGAUACAGUGUUGAGAGCCAGACUAAGGAGCGUACUAGUCAAAUAUUGCACCACCUCGGCGUUUCAGCUUUGAGAGAAAUGCCAGUGACUUUGGCAUCUGUCCUAAAGGACAAUUUUCGACCAUAAUGUCGAAGAUGCUUUCAUUUCGUUCUUUGUUAUCGAACAUCUCCCUAACGAGUCCCAUAGCAUCCGAGAGUUAGUCUGUAGAUCAUGGUUGGCACAAUCAUCGGGAAUCAGGCCGCAAAAGCAGAACGAGUUAUCGAGAACAAUGGGUCUGAUCUCCGAUGUCUGCUCCAGAAUAAC